UGACGAAUGGCAGCUCAAAUAAAACUGAUAUAAUACUAUUAAGGGUUCAAGUUGCCAGCAUUAGCCGCAGUGACUGGGGCAGACGUGUUUCUUCACUGUUAUUGGACUGAUAAUCUCACUUGACAGGACGAACUAUCCGAAACAUUCAAGGAUAUCAUCGGUCAAUUUUAAAUACGAAACUAUUUUGGGUUACUCCUUUCUUAUUGUCCGUUUUUAUAACUCAGGAGAAAUCACAAAAUUCACUAAGCGGUGAAGCGUAGGCAGGAAUGAGAGGCCCAGUUAGCCGUUAGCUGCCGUGUUGCUAAGCUAAGCAACAUUAGCGGCGGUACUAGCCCUCGGUGCUGUGAUGGAGCAGCCUCCUGGGGACCUGAAUGAUCUCCAACCUCAGGACGUCUCCAAUACCAGCAUACCAGCUGCUCUUGACCUGACAAGAAAGGCUGACUUGAACAAAACCAAGGAUGCUCUCCGUGUGGUCAGAAGCCCUGGCUGGCACCAAAGCACUGGGACCAAUAACACUAGUAUAUCCUGCUCUAAGACCAGCACCACCGAUGUGGCCCUCCAACCAGCGACACAAGUUAAGCCAGACAAUGCCUUCUCCCGCACUACAGUCACCCUCUCCUAUGUGAGCAGGUCUCAUAUCUACCCCAGUGUGGACGCUCAGUCUGAAGAUCCGUCUCUCUGCACUGCACCGCCCGACAGCACGGUGUCCCUGCAGUCUCCAAGUGAGGCAAAGAAGGAUGUCUGUGAGAAUGGGUUUCAUUCUGAGCACACUGCAGGCCUUGCCAUGUCUCCUGAUGAGAUACAGCAAACAUUUCAAUGGUUAAAUGGUGACGAGCAUCAUUCUGUGACCACAGAUGGGAAACACACAAGAACUCCUGAGAUGGGCAGGAUAGCUGGAGAAGAUGCGCUUGCCAAAUCUUCCAAUGCGGCUCCAGCAUGUUUCACAGAGAAGGAUAAAAGGACCAGGGAAGUCAAUGUGCCUUUGCUAUCCUCUAUGAACCAUGACUGUGGGGCUGUCCCAGACAAUGUCGCAACCAGAGAAUUGUGUUCUCUUCGAAAGAAGUCCACCAGUCCUCUGGAGGACCCUCUGUCCCCAUCUGCCACCCCCCUUGAUAAUAUGGACGCCGUUUUUGUCCUGCCACAGGCAUCUAGUUCACCCAAUACAGUCAGCUCCUUAUCGGAGACUGCAAAUGCAGUCAAGGGAACCGAAGAACUAAAAUCCAGUAUGAAAGAUGAAACCCCAGAUUCCAGAAUUCUGAAGAGAAGCCGGAGGCAAAAGUUGCCUUCAAACAAUUUCUGUGAUUUCACAGAUGAAAUGUUCCUGUUUGGGACUGAGGAAGAAGAACACGAGCCAAAGGUUAAUGGAAAUGCAAAAACACAACAGAGAAAUUGGCAAGUGAAGAAGCUGCCUGUCCGCUCCGGUAGAGGGAUGCGCUUAGAAACUAUGAACUUGGAUUCCCUCACUGUUGUGUCCCAACAAGUUCAAUGUAAUAAGGCUGUAACUCAGAAAAAAAGAGCUGAGUUAAAAAGAAAAACUCAAACACCAAUAGAAAAGACAACUGGAAUUUUGCUGACAGACACUCAAACUGACACUUUAGAAAAUUCUACCUCUGAUUCUGCAGUCGUCUCUCAGACAGAUCAAGCUAUUGCUGACAUGUCCCCAAAAAUGUCUCAGGUUGCUGUUCAUAAAACCUUAAGGAAAGAGUCAGAAUGUCUUUCAGCGAAUGCCCCUUCAGAGACAGUGAGUACAUCGAAAACUUCCCCAGCAACACCUCGUGCUUCUCCAAAGAAACAGUCAAAGUCACCUAGAGGUAAGGUGACUGCUCAGAGGUCCUCAUCCACACCCAAGACCAAGGCUGCUAAAACUCCAAGGAGACGACGAAAGAGGCUAAAACAGAGCCCUUCCUCCUCCAUGUUUGCUCCUAAGGAGCCGGACAUCCAGUUGAAGUAUGUUAACUUCAAGGAGGAGAAAAGAGAUUAUCGUUUGUCAAACUUCUCUCCAUUUAUUCACGUGGAACGGCGUCCCUCCUCCACAUCUCUGUGUACAGUGGUCAAUGAGCCUGAGGAGAUGAAGCCACAGCAGCUACAGAAGAGUCAGAGGCAGCAGAGUAGUCAGGCCAGCACCUUCGUGUCUGCCACUGUACCUAGCACUUCUUGUCUGCAGCUGGGCCGGGUGUCAACUCAGGGUCAGAGCCUGCGUUCUUUUGUCUGUUGUCUCUGUCAGCUGCCUGCAAAUACUAUGGACCUGGGAGAUCUUCUUGGCCCGUAUUAUUCUGAGGGAUAUCAGCCUGGCACCAGCACACCAGCCUGUACGCCGGGUCUCCAAGAAGACAAGGAUGACUGGAGCGACUCUGACUCCUCCUACAGCUGUCUCAGCACCAAGAGAGGGAAGUGUGCUGUACCACGUGCAUCAAGGCCAUCCAGGCCAACCAUGCUGCAGAAGCAUACGGGUCCAUCUCAGUUCUGCCACUUGACUCAGGAUGACUGUGACAGCCCAGUGGCUAAGAGGCCCAGGACUGAUGCUGGGGCUGCAGAUGUGCGGGAUUGGUACAGCCCACCUGUGUUGCCAAUGCAGUCUUGUGAGUACUGGCUGCAUGUAGACUGUGGGAUCUGGGCCACUGGAGUGUUCCUGGUGAGGGGAAAGGUCUACGGUCUGGAGGAAGCUGUGAAGGUCGCUCAGGAGACUAUGUGCUCAGCUUGCUGCAGCAGAGGCGCCACACUGGGCUGCUUCUUUAAAGGUUGUCCGAAUAAAUACCACUACAGAUGUGCUCUGCAGUCAGACUGCAUUCUUAUAGAGGAGAAUUUCUCAAUGAAGUGUAAGAAGCACAAGAACAAGACACUCAACGGCCCGGCAGGAAAAUGCCAGAACAAGAGGUGAUGAAAUCAGUCGAGGCCUCUUCUGACCUAAAAGAUCGAGUGACGUUUUGCACCCAUCCACCUUAACUCCCACGCCCCCACGGGCUGCCUGUGCGACGUAUCUGAUGAACUUUUAUUUAUACACUUACAAAUUAAAUAAGAGAACAAUCAAAUGUAUUUAAUUUUGGGUUAUUUAUUCAUGAGCAGAGUGGAAAUAGUUUGUACUUUUAAGUUAUUGUGUACGGAACUCUCAUGCCAAUGAAUGAAUGACAUUGUUGGAGACUGUAGGGUAAAACGUUGUCACUUCCGAUGAUGCCCAACAUCGCUUGUGUUUAUGAAUGUAUCCUGCAGGAAAGCACUUUGGCGCGAACAUGUCCCCCUACGAGCUGAACAUAUCUGCUUCUAGGUGCUUGUUUUCACAUUUUCUGCCUGACUUUUACAUUUUUAAGAUAUUUUAGCUCUGACAUCCUUUCGCCUGCCGGGGUUCAGAGGAGGGCCUGCAACUGAAGCAGCCUUUGUUUACAGGUUAUUUUCAUUUGAAGCUGCAAAGUUUUUGCAUGCAUUGAUCUGGUGUUCACAGCGGUUGGGUUAACAGUGACUGGAGACAGUUGUCAUAGUUGACCGGUGGAGAAUUGAUUUAGUGAGAUGACAUCAUCGCUGCACUGCCUCAUUUACAUGACUAGCUUGGUUCACCGGUCUGAAGAUGUCUUGAACAACAUCCUGACUGAAAUGCCCGCCUGCUGUGCUCCUCCCUCCCCCAACCGUUCACCGUACACUCUCAUCUGUGCUGCUUCACCUGUGAAGAGGGAACAUUAGUAGUUACCGCUGGUUUAGCUAUGCGCCUCUUCUAAUGGACUGGUGUCUGACUGUUAUCAGGAGUCGCACCCAUCGACCUCAGCUCACCUGCCAGUGUUACUGCCAUCUUUGUUUUCUGUUUUUAGACGUUGAACUGAGCUGAUGACACCAAAUUUGAAUGAAUUGUUCAAUUCAGAUCAGUUUGCAUUGCAGCAAACACAGUUACAGUGUUUUAUUUUCAUAGCUAACACGUUUGUGUGUUGCGGCUGUGUCGAUCUCAGGGCUGAAUAUGAAUGAUUUCCUUUCAUUUUUGUAAUUGAAACCCAACCUGACAGUGAACACCGGGUUCUGUAAGACUCCUGACAUUCCAGUGCCUCCUCAUGUAACCGAGGUCAUGAGCUCCUGGUUCUGCCUUUUUUUUUCUUUUAACAUCUUGUUUGUUUUUAGCUUUUACAUGUUGUUGGCUCCUCCCUGGUGACAUCCCAGGCAGAUUAAAUUCUUUCAUUCAUUCUUCUGACUUCCAAGUGCCUGUUGUUUAGUGUAACUUUUAUCUUGGAGACUUGUGGAACUCCUCGGGCUGCCCUGAUGGUUCACUUACCAUAGUGAGGCCUUAAGUCACGUGUCAUCUAUCGUUGAGUUAGCUGUUUGCCUUGAGACAUCAAUUCCUAUUUGACUCCCUUGUCAGCCAGAUUUGGACCCCUUCACCUCGACUGGUCCACCAGUCUCCCUCACAGUGGGUUCCUCGAUAAGCCUCUCACACUCAACCAUUAACUGACGUCACUUGUGGCCAGACUUUUGUAUGGGAAUAACCACACCGAACCAAACGGGCGCUCAAUUCCUCAUUAUUAUUACUACCUUCAACAACAAGUUGACUGUUUGGUUUCCAGAAAGCCACUUGUGAUGUGAAAACAGCUAUCCUGUCAGGGCUCCCCCAUCUUGUUCUCCCCUGGAGGGGAGGACCUCUGACACGUCAUCCAGAUGAAUAGAGAACUAUUUGGGCCUGAUGACUACAGCCCAAGUCAAAUCUGUCAGUCAUUGAUUAUUAUUGUUAUUAUCUUCUUUUUUUUUGCUGUAGUCAUUAAAAACAAGUAUAAGGUACUUAUCAAUGUUAGCCAUUGAUUUUCAAUGUAUUGAUUCAUACUGAAAUGUAUGUAAUGUACGAAACUUGCUAUUGUUAUGCCUUUAUAAAAAUGGUAUUCACUUGCAUAGACAUUUGUAUUUCUGCAUAUUUGUUCAGAAAUAUGAACAAAUAUGCGCUUCACGCCAAUAUGCAGUAUUGACCAGUUUAAUUUCUCACCCGUGCGAUGAUUUAUAAGGAACACAUUUUGGGUUUUUAGUUUUAGAAAACAAAUCCAGGACCAGUAAUUCUUCGACAACAAUUUAUUUUUUGAACAAGUGAAUUUCAGUUUACAGGAAGACAUUUGAAUUGCAAAGACAAAAGGAGAAAGUGGUGCUCUGUGCCUUGCUGGAGAAUGUACCAUUUUAAAUCUGGUGUCUCGGCCAGAGCCUGUUGAAAAGGAACGUUGAGGCUGCAAUAUAAAUUUAGUCUGCGUUAUGGGGGUCAUGCAUUUCCAUAAUAACAUGUUUCCCGUCCUCCAUGUCGGGUAGUCGAAAGACUGUGUGAUGAUGAAGGUGUCUGAAAUAUAUAGAGUCUGGAAAAGACAAUUUCUCAAUUAGGUAUCAUAGAAAUGUCACUAUUUUGAGGUGCCUCGGGGUUCGCACGAUGCCAUACACACGCCACAAAACCAUUGGUAUAGCGUUGAUGUUUAAUGAUUUAUCAUUUGGAAAGCCUUUCACUGCUUCCCUUUCUGCCACUAAAACCUGCAUCACAUUAAAUGCUGUUUGUCAAAUUCUGAAUUAUGGGAGCUGGCUGGAGAGGGAGGGUGACAAAGAGGUCGAGUGACCACAGUCAUGUGAAGCCCGCAACAGUGCAACACAGUGUCGGUGUCAGGAAGGCUCUUUGUUUCAGUGGGAGGGUCACGAUGAGGUCAGAGAUGAUCACAAGACGGAGUCGCCAUCGUCACCGAUCCAGGACUGGUCCGGGAAGGAAGUGUGCUCUCUACUGCCCCGAUUCCUACACAUUUUAGCUGUUGAGCGGAUGUUUUUGAACUGUAGCAAAAGUGGCAAAACACCAUCUUGAACAUUAAGUGAUCCAUGUAGUCAUGCUUUUUUUUCUCCAGUUUCUUAAAUGUGGCAAGAUGACACUACAACAAUAACAGCUAACACAAACAUACACAGAGGAGAAACUAAUCCAGAUUUUAGCCCUAGAAUGUCUUGGGAGUUUCAAACAGGGGGAUGUCACUCUAAGACAUGAUACAAUAAACACAUCACUACCAAAUCGUUUUGCCUGAAAGUUGUUCAUAUGUUCUGAAAGAAUCUCAUGCACCACAAAAAAAACCCCUCAGUUUCAAAAUCUUUUUUUCUUCUUCCUCUAUGUCGGUUCUAUUGUCGUAUUUUCGCCUGUGAACACAAAUGUGGGAGAAGUUCUUAAAGCAGCAACAUACCUAGGAGAACAGCCCACAAUAUUCACGAGGUAUUUCACUGUGGAUAGUUUCAC